AUGCAGAGUGAUGCUGCUAAAGAGCUAAUCUUGUGUAGCUCUAGCAAGGAUCAGGGUGCACGUCCCGUUGCAGUGCAGUGCAGUGCAGUGCAGUCCAGCCAGGGCAGUCCAGCCAGUCCAGCAAGUCCAGUCCAGUCCAGUCCAGUCCAGUCCAGUCCAGUCCCCUCCGCUCCCCUCCCCUCCCCAAGUCCAAAAGCCCAAGGGGCGGGAAUCUGCAGGGAAACGGAGCGAUGCUGCAGAGUCCAUGCGAGUCAAGCGGCGUCCAGACGAGCCCGACAGCGACGGCGUCGACGAGCUUGCGACCGGUUAAGGCAAUUCAGACGACGUCGACGGCCUGGCGUCACGCGUGCCCGACUGUACUGUACAUACAACUACAGUACAACUACGAGCACUCCUACCAGAACUAGUCCUACUACAGCUGCACCUCCGCCGUCCGAAGAAGGACGACUUACUCCCCGAUUAGACAGGACCCACCCCCAAGCUCUUGGCAUCUUCCCACUCCCCACUCCCCCACUUCCCGUUCCCCACUUCCCGCCACCCUCCCCUCUUCUCGUCUCCACUCAUCGCACAUCUCCAACCCCCAAAGUCAAAGUCGAGAAAAAAAACUGGGUCCCGACCGGAGUGCGCUCCUCGGCACGCCUUCUCUCGCAUUAG